UGCUGCUGCUAAAGCUGCUCUGUAUUCAUUCCAGGCGUUGUUUUUCCUGAUGCAGCAGAUGUUUGUCCUUACACUUCUGUCUGUCUGUCUGUCUGAACCCAGAACAUCAACCCUAUCAUCAUAGACUCUGUUCUUUGCUUUCUUUUUUGUUCUGCCUAAGCUGUUCUGUUGAAAGUUCUUCACCACAGGUCUGCUGCAGGUCACCCUGUUCACCACCAGGUGGAUCAUUGGGUCAAACUCAGACCCAUUCAACCCCCUGUUGUCUUCUGUCAGUCACAGCUGUGAGGACUGUGAGUAAGUGAGAAGGAAUGAAGAAGAGUGAGGAAACAAGGAAAGACAACACACACACACUGUAACAAACACACUGUAACAAACACACACACGCUAAUAUAGGAUUUCACUGUUGCCAUGGUAAUGAAAUAGAACACUCUCUCAAUCUAGGUUUUUAUUCUCUCUCUCUCUCUCUCCCCCUCCCUCCCCCUCUCAUUAUCUCUCCCUUUCUCCCUCAUCAUCAUUGGGGUGAUCUUCUUUCUGUUCAAAUUUAAAUGAUUAAUCAUCAUCUUCAUCAUCAUCAUCAUCACUAUCACUUUUGGAUCAACAUUGUUCUCUCAACCCAAUCCUUCCAGACUCCUGUCACGUCCUUCAUCAAAUCCAUCCUCCCACUCCUCUCCUCCUCCCACUCCUUUCCCCCCUCCCUCUGUGCUGCCAUGACAAUUCAAUGAGAGGAAAGAGCCGAGUGAUGCGUCCACCUUCUUCCUCCUCCUCCUUUUUUAUGCUGGAUCAGAGCGCUCAGGAAGAGAAGACAAGGAGCACUCAAGGUAAAGGGAGCAAGAGGAGUAAGGAGAGAGUAAAGGAGGAAGAAGAAGAGGAAAAAGAGGAGUAGACAAAGAGCAGAAGACUCGUCAUCAAAGGAGGAGAUGGAAGGAAAAAGCAGGAGCAUGCCUUCAGACGUCAGCUUCCUCCCUCGUCCAGCCAUGCUGUGGUGUGAGCGUGGGAUCCAGGUCCUUCUCACCACCAUGGGAGCCUUUGCUGCCUUUGCCCUGAUGACUGUGGCCAUUGGUACCGAUUACUGGCUGUACGCCCGUGCGUUCAUCUGUAAUAGUACCACCAACUCCAGCCAACAGCACCAGGACCAGGAGUCCAGCAAGGACAAGAAGGACCCGGGAGCUCUGACCCACUCUGGACUCUGGAGGAUCUGUUGUCUGGAGGGCCUGAAAAGAGGGGUUUGUUCUCAGAUCAAUCAUUUCCCGGAGGACGCAGACUACGACCAAGACGCUGCAGAGUAUCUGCUACGUGUAGUUCGAGCCUCCAGCAUCUUUCCCAUUCUCAGCGCCAUCCUGCUCUUGCUGGGUGGAGUCUGUGUUGCGUCCAGCGGCUUCUACAAGAGUAAGAGGAACAUGAUUCUGGGCGGAGGGAUUCUCUUCGUGGCUGCAGGCCUCAGCAACAUCAUCGGAGUCAUCGUGUACAUUUCUGCGGCAUUGAGCGACAUCUCCCCAAAAAAGGACGAAGAUAAGAAGUGGCACUACUCCUACGGCUGGUCCUUCUACUUUGGCGGCCUGUCCUUCAUCCUCGCUGAGAUGGUCGGUGUUCUUGCCGUCAACAUCUACAUCGAGAAAAACAAAGAGCUGCGUUGCCGCUCCCGCACUGACCUCUUUAAGAGCACCACCCAUGCCAUGCUACGACUUCCCAGCUAUCGUUUCAGGCGGAGGUCCAGGUCCAGCUCCAGAUCUACUGAUCCACAAGGCUCCCAAGAGACCUCACCAGUUGGCACAUCUAAGACCUUCACCCUGCCACCCUCAGCUCCACCCUUCUCUGUUGCCACUCUUCCUAACCCACACCACACGAACAGCAGUGGAGGUGGAGGUGGAGACAUCUCCAUGUACUCACUGUCCAGGGACUCAAAGCUGGGAAGCCUUGGUGCUGGAGCUCCACCUCUCUAUGGUACAGUCGAUCGAGCCACGCUCUACAAGCUCCAUAACUACUUCCCAAAAGAAUCCAGUGGAAGCGGAGGAGGAGGAGGAGGAGGAACAGGAACGCUACCUUCGCACUCUAAAUCCAACCUAGCAGCAGCAGCAGCAGCGGUGACCCAGAACACAGCUCCUCUGAACACUUCCACUCCGUCAGCCGCUGGCAGUCAGCCAUCCACUGCCACCAUGGAGAGAGACAGGACCAACGUGGGAACGCUGGACCGCCUGACGGCCAAAAGAGAACGGGACAGUAACUCAGACACACUCAACAGGAAAACCACCCCAGUGUGAAGCGGAGGAGGAGGUUGAAGGCCCGGGUGGAGGAGCUUCGUUAAGAUUAGUCGGUACCACUGUCACUUCCCCUCACCACAAACAGUUUUCAAACAUCUUCCUUACCUCAGAGUUUCCAGUUACCAGUUAUCAGUUACCAGUGACCUAAUUUUGAAGGUUCUCUGACUCUAACCCUAAAAUCAAAGGAACCUCGGCCCAGUCUCAGAGGGGGCUUAUAUGGUGCAGGUGUAUCACAACCAUGAGGGGGCAACGUUGUGUUGCUGGUGGGGUGUGUUAGUUUAUUUAAACUGGGGAGGAUGGAGAAGAGGGAGGGAGGGUCAGAGUGGGUGUUUCCGUAUGGUUCUACUUCCUGAAAGUAGAAUCCAGUAGAUGUACUUUGAAGAGGGAGGAACAUCGUGGAACCUUGCGUGGUCUGACAUCACGGUGUCUCUGCUCAGAUGAGGGCAGUAAAUACAUGACCUUUGACCUUCCUUACAGUGUGUUAAGAAUCACUGUUUUAAUAUUAGAACCACUGGGUCCUGGACCAGUACCACACUCUGGACAGGUACCAGGCCUUGUAGACCAACUUGAAAAGUAUUUUCAAAUUAAAAGUUUUUUUUUGUAGUGCGUCUUUAGUAAGGUCCAAAUGUCACAGAGGAGUUCCAUUUACAGUUCCAGUUAAAGAACAGUUCUAUCACCACAGUGAAUAUGCGCUGUUGAUUCAUCUGUUGCCUUUGAUGCUCAUGACUUUGACCUUGAUUAGUCCUACCUAUUUAUUUUGAAAUGUUCACCCUGCGUCCCCACCCUGUGACUCAGGUCUGAGCAGCAGACAAGGUUGUGACCUUUGAUUUAAAAGACGUUUUCUCUUGUUUCCUGGGGGACCGGGGGGGGGGCGGGGGGGGUGACGUCAGUAAUGAUGAUGUCAUGUAACUAAUGUCAUGUGUGCAACAUGUUCCUUAACAGUGAAAGUAAAAAUAUAUAUUGUUCUCUUUUUCCUCCAAGUUAAAAGAUUAUUUGACUUUUAUUUUUUCUCUAGAUCAACACAAAAGACCAACUUACAAUUAAUAAUAUAUAUAAUAAUUAAUUAAUAAUAAUUUGGUUGGUUGGCCUAAAGAUGGCAAAAAAGAGUCACAACAGCCAAUGCACAUGUACUGAGAAAGUGACCUCCCUUGGUCUAAAGAGGUGUGGACCUACCUACACCUGACAGUGUAGACCUCUAGGGGGCGCCCAAAGGAAUAGGACACAGCCUUUAGCCAUUAGUGUUUGACCUUAGUGGCCAUGUUGUUCAACUGCAGGGGCUGCUAGGGUCAAACAUCAAUGUGGCCUUUUUGUUAGCUGUUGCUACAAUACAGUACUGCUACAACUGAUGCUAGCUACUGCUACAGGGGUCGUUAGCUACUGCAAGCAUAACUGUUAGCUCCCACUAGUGUUAAUUACAAACUACUAUGGUUUACUACUAUAUUUUGCUAUUGUGGAUGUUUGUGGGUACUACACUAACUGCUAGCUGCUGAAAUGGUGGCUGCAAGGGGGCGCUACAGUGGAUUUAAGCUGACAGAGAUUGCUCUUAGCUAUACACUGCUGUUAGCCAAAGGUGCUGUUUUAGACAUUCUGUCUGGAGGAAUUUUAGCUAUAUUUAAAUUUCACCUGGUCAUUUUUAUUCUCUCUAAUAUGACGAUGACGACGACGAUGGCGGUGAUGAUGAUGAUGAUGAUGAUUAUGAUGAUGAUUCACUCAGAUUUUCGGGUUCCUAACAUCUCUGUUGGUUCAAACGUUGGUUCCUGACAGAACAAACUGAACGGUGUUGAAUAAACACAACGUGCAGGAAGUUAUUGCAGUAAUCCUCAGUGGAACACUCUUCUUCAUCCGGUGUCAACCUGUUCUCAGUGUCGCCCCCUGUUUUUCAAGAAAAGAAAUGUGAAAAAAGGACAUAUUUUGAGCUGGUGGUGAAUAUUUUAGCUUCAUCCUCCACAUCACAAACGUGAUGGUUUUUAUCUCACUACGUCACCGCCUUGUGGCUGUCAUCUUACCACAAAGUUCUUUAUCCUGAGUGAAUGGAUUUUCAUCUCCUGUGAGUUUGAUGACUCACUUCAUCUUGGAGACAUUUUUAAACUACCUUCUCCUUCUGUCUGCACCUCCUGCUCCAACUGUCUCCUCGGCCUCAGGCCGUCAGCGGUGGAGAGAGCAAAGAUAAAGGCUUCAGGGGGACCGACAGACGGACGGAGGCUGGAGGGGAAAUGUGUCAGUGGAGAUUAUUUUCAAAUCCUCCCACGAUGAGGAAACCUUGAUUUGUAAAGAAUUCAAACAUCAGAGGAGGUGCAGGAACUGAUGGUUCCUGCUGGUUUUAGAACCAUUAGAAGUUAGAUCCUAAACCCCGACUGGGUUAGACUUGGUCCUAGUGGGUAGGGAGCCCCAUGUCCAGGAGGAUCCAGCAGGUUAGGGCUAACCUGUUAGUGUUAGCCUGUUAGCUGUUUUUCCCGGUUUUUUGAACUGAGACGUCAGUUGGUUAAACCAAGGUGACAUUUUCAAACCGUCUGUUCAACUGAAGAGAAAAAUGACAGGAUUAAAGUCAAUGUUUCACA